AUGUGUGGGAAUGUGGCUGGCUUUAUACUGAAACCAGGCCUCAUUUACAGGGCACUCAAGAAUAAGAACAGGGUAUUGCUGCCUGCGUUCUGGAUGCAGAAUCCCAAGGCCUGGCUCACCAAAGUCCUUACAGAGUAUUGGUUCCAUCAGGGCUUCAUUCCUCAAGUUAGACAAUAUCUGGAUGACUUGGACAAAGAGUUCAAGGUGUUACUAAUUAUAGACAAUGGUGGUGGCCACCCUCUCGAUCUUUAUUACAAGGGAGUCCAGCUCGAGUUCCUCCCUCCCAACACCACCUCUCUCCUCUGGCCUAUGGACCAGGGUGUGAUCCUUGCCUUCGAGGCACUCUACAUUGGGAACUCCCUCCAGCAGCUUGUUGAUGCAAUGGACCAUGACAGCUUCUCUCCUCAGGAAAUUCAACAUUCGGCUAUUAAUAAGGCGGUCCAGUUGGUGAGGAUUCUUGGUGGUGAAGGGUUUGAUGACAUCAUCGAGGAUGAAGUCAGCACCCCCAUUGAUGCCCACACUGACCCCCUGACAGACUAG